ACAACGGUGACGUUACAUUAUCGGUAAAUAUCCUGAACACAAAAGCUCGUCCCUUCGUCUUUCCCCCUUUUCUCUCUACCUAUCUUUCCUCCGCGUACCCCGGUAUGGACGAAACUAGUCCGUUGGUUUCCCCGCUACGGGACUCCAACGACUUCGGCUUCUGCCCCACCGAGCCCACCAGUCCCCGGGGCGGAUUUGGAGGCACGCCGGGCUCGGUGGUUCGCAUCCCGGCCGGGAGUCCGGAGCGCAGCCGGGAGAGACAGCCGUUGUUGGACCGGGACCGAGGAGGUUCACCGCGGGAUCCGCAUAGAAACGACUUCUCGGAGGAUCCCGAGUUUCGAGAGAUCAUCCGCAAGGCGGAACGCGCCAUCGACGAAGGGAUCUAUCCGGAGAGAAUCUACCAGGGAUCCAGCGGCAGCUACUUUGUCAAAGAUUCACAAGGGAAGAUCAUCGGUGUGUUCAAGCCUAAGAACGAGGAGCCUUAUGGUCAGCUGAACCCAAAGUGGACCAAGUGGCUCCAGAAGCUGUGUUGUCCCUGCUGUUUUGGACGGGACUGUCUAGUCCUGAACCAGGGUUAUCUGUCUGAGGCUGGGGCCAGUCUGGUGGACCAGAAACUAGAGCUUAACAUAGUACCCAGGACCAAGGUGGUGUACCUGGCCAGUGAGACGUUUAACUAUAACGCUAUAGACCGGGUCAAGUCCAGGGGUAAGAGGCUGGCUCUGGAGAAGGUACCCAAAGUGGGACAACACUUCCACAGGAUCGGCCUGCCUCCCAAGUUGGGUUCGUUCCAGAUCUUCGUUGAGGGCUUUAAGGAUGCAGACUUCUGGCUGCGGAGGUUUGAGGCAGACCCCUUGCCAGAGAACACCAACAGACAGAUGCAACUACAGUUUGAGAGGCUGGUGGUCCUCGAUUACAUCAUCAGGAACACAGAUCGGGGAAACGAUAACUGGCUUCUAAAAUAUGACUGUCCCAUGGACCAGGGAAACAGGGACACAGACUGGGUAGUAGUGAAGGAUCCUAUCAUCCAACUAGCUGCUAUAGACAACGGACUGGCCUUCCCUCUCAAACACCCCGACUCCUGGAGAGCCUACCCGUUCUACUGGGCGUGGCUGUCCCAAGCCAAGGUACCAUUCUCCCAGGAGAUAAGAGAGCUGGUUCUUCCCAAACUGGCUGAUCCCAACUUUAUCAAAGAUCUGGAGGAAGACCUGUACGAACUGUUUAAGAAAGACCCAGGCUUCGACAGAGGGCAGUUCCACAGGCAGAUAGCUGUUAUGAGAGGACAGAUCCUGAACCUCAGCCAGGCUCUGAAGAACAGUAAGACCCCCUCCAGCUGGUCCAGAUGCCUCCAGUUAUAGUAGAAACAGCCAGAGCACCACAGAGGGCCAACAGUGAGUCUUACACACAGAGCUUCCAGAGCAGGAGACCCUUCUUCACCCGGUGGU